AAGGGCAAAAAAGAGCAAAAUUCUCUUCUUCUUUUUUCUUUCCUUCCUUCCCUGGAUACAGCAUUUGAGUAGUCCCCCGCCUUCCCUGAUCCUUUUUGUUUUUUUAGUUUUUAUAAUUCUCUCAUGCAAAAGCAAGAAAAUAAUAAAAAUAAAAUCUUCUAAUUACUAUAAAUAAAACAGAAACCAAAAUACAAACUCCUCCUCCUCUCCUUUCAGAAUCAGAAAUCUUUUCUCUCUCUCUUUUUUAAUAAAUAAAUCACGAGAUCACCGUUUCUUCUUUUUCUUCUCUGGUUCGUUCGUGAUUAACGAUAAUAAACCUUGAUAUUUAGAUUGAUUAUUAUUGUUGUUGUUAGUUUUGGUUAAUGGCAAUGGAUGAUAAUGAAAGUUGUAAUAGCAGAACUGUAGAUUCAUCACCAACACAUCCAAGACAACAAAGGCAAAAACUAGAGGUUUAUAAUGAGGUUCUUCGUAGGUUAAAGGAUUCUAAUAACGAAGAAGCUCUUACUCCUGGUUUUGAAGAUGAGCUUUGGUCUCAUUUUCAUCGUCUUCCUACUAGGUAUGCUCUCGAUGUAAACGCGGAAAGGGCAGAAGAUGUUCUUAAACACAAAAGGUUACUCCAAUUGGCCCAUGAUCCCGCCAAUAGACCUGCAUUUGAUGUUCGCCUCGUGCAGGUUCCGGCUGCCUCAAAUGGGUCAGAUUAUACUCUCCGAGAAGGAGAUGCUCAAAGUCCUAUUUACUCUAGCAAACGAAGAGUUCAUCCACCGCCUGCCUUUGGUUCGUCGCCGAAUCUUGAAGCUCUUGCACUCGAAGCUGGAGGUUCAGAUGACGAUGAUGGUGAUAGCAUUGAGAAUGAGAGUGUACACUUCACCAGGCCAAUGCAUGAAAUCACAUUCUCAACGGAUGACAAGCCAAAACUUCUCAGUCAGUUGACUUCGUUGCUUGCUGAAAUUGGUCUGAACAUCCAAGAGGCCCAUGCUUUUUCCACAAACGACGGAUACUCCUUGGACGUCUUUGUGGUUGAGGGUUGGGAAGAUGAGGAAACUGAGCAUCUUAGGCAAGCCGUGAAGAAGGAAGUGUCAAAGUUUGAGAAGAAGUUUUGGUCCAAAUCACAAGUUCAUCCAGUGUCUUCUAUUGAUAAUCACGAGCAGAGCGGGAGUGAACAAACUUCUGAUCAUGUAAAGAUACCCACUGAUGGGACAGAUGUCUGGGAAAUUGAUGCAGCACAGCUAAAAUUUGAGAACAAAGUUGCAUCUGGGUCAUAUGGAGACUUGUACAAAGGCACAUAUUGCAGCCAAGAAGUAGCCAUUAAAGUCCUAAAACCAGAGAGGGUAAAUGAGGAUAUGCAGCAAGAGUUUGCGCAAGAAGUGUAUAUUAUGAGGAAGGUUCGACACAAGAAUGUUGUUCAAUUCAUUGGCGCAUGCACCAAGACUCCUAGCUUGUGCAUUGUGACAGAAUUUAUGUCUGGUGGAAGUGUGUACGAUUUUCUGCACAAACACAAGGGUGUCUUUAAACUUCCAUCUUUGCUUAAAGUUGCAAUUGAUGUUUCCAAGGGAAUGAACUAUUUGCAUCAAAAUAAUAUAAUUCAUAGGGAUUUGAAGGCUGCGAAUCUUCUUAUGGAUGAGAAUGAGGUUGUUAAGGUCGCUGAUUUUGGAGUUGCUAGAGUGCAAGUUCAGUCUGGAGUAAUGACCGCGGAAACUGGAACAUACCGUUGGAUGGCUCCAGAGGUCAUAGAACACAAGCCUUAUGAUCACAAGGCCGAUGUCUUCAGUUUUGCAAUUGUGCUGUGGGAGCUGCUGACAGGAAAGCUUCCGUAUGAAUAUUUGACCCCGUUACAAGCAGCAGUCGGUGUGGUACAAAAGGGUCUCCGACCAACAAUCCCCAAGCAAACGCAUCCAAAGCUUGCAGAAUUGCUCGAGAAAUGCUGGCAGCAAGAUCCAUCGUUGAGGCCUGACUUCUCUGAGAUCAUUGACAUCUUGCGGCAAAUUACCAAAGAGGUCGUAGAUGAUGGAGAGGAACAACGAAAAAAAGAGAAACCGAACAGAUUCCCGUUUCUUCGUAGGAAUAGUCAUCACCACUAAGUACCCACACAAGGGAAGAAGCCUAGUUGCAGGUUUAUUUUAUAUCUCGUUCUGAUCCUUAGCCAUCACAUGGGCCAUUUUCCCAUCUGCUGCUCUGAUCGCUGCCUUGUACAGUAGUUUGUUUUUCGCGAUCAGCCCAACCCCGAGAUGUAACUUCUUAGGACUUGCUAGUGUUCCUAUUUUAACUUAGGUCUUGCUAGUGUUCCUAUUUCAACUUCCUUCUUGUUUUGCUAGCGUUUGAUAUUCAGGUCAAGCGAUGUUGAAUUUUGUGGUUGGAAGGGUUAGUGAUAACUUGCUGCAGAACCCGUGUGGCCUGCAGUAGCAUAUUAUUUGUUGUGUUUCUCUGUUAAUAAUUCUAUUAAAUGAUCAGUUAAAAA